UUCAGCUACCCAUGACGCCCCCCACAAUCAAAGAACCAUGGACCAGCCGCCACGCGUGGAGAUGAUCUUGCGGCUGGACAUCAUCGUGAACAGCUUCCGCUUCAUUGGGAAGACCCCUGAAUUCCAACUUGGCUGCAUGGCACACUGCGCCACAGCCCGAAGCGCGUCCGAAUUGGACCAGGUCGAAUGGGUCGUGUACAAGUCGUUCGAGGAGUGCCAGGUAUUUGACACACGCAUGCGGUCAGGCGCGUUGUCAUCAUGCAUGGCCGCGAUCCCGUUUGUGCCGCUGUACAAGACGAAGACGUUCUUUGGCCAGAGCAUGAAGCCAUCGUUCCUUGCGACACGACAACGCGACCUGCAGGAAUACUUCAGUCGGGUCACGGGCAUCCCCGGCGUCACGCAUUUUCAAACACCCGAGGGUUCCACCGCGCUCGCCGAGUUUGUCCUCGUCCAUGCGAAUGUGGCGUUCGACAGGCCGCCUUUUCACGCGCCGUCGUCGUCGUCGCUCCGGUCGUCGCUCAUCUCACAUCGUCCGUCGUCUUUCUCGAAUGCGGUGCUUCAUUCACAGAUGACGACGAUGACGCCCAUAGACGACCCGCCGACGACGACGAUAGGUACCCCGCGCACAUCGGACGAAUCGUCGGCGUCGUCGUCGGACGACGAGCUCCAUCUCACCGAAGCCCAACAAGCGGAACUGCAAGCACUCAUCUUUCAACGCAUCACCGACCACGCAGGCGCAGAUGCCGUCAAGGUGUUCCAGAAACGAGCGAGGCGCUUCGGCAAGGCGGUAGACGGCGCCGUCCCCGCGGCCGGCGCCGACUUUUACACGUUCAUGGUGGACACAUUUGGGAUCGAGUUUUGCCAAUGGCUCGUUCCGAGCUUGGCGGCGCUUUUGCCCGACAAACAAAAGCGGCAUGCGCUCACCUUGGCCAUGACCCCGUCGCCAGCUCCAACUGUUCGACUCCUGCCAGCCACCCAUUCCACUUGGCCUUCAUGGAGCCACGUGGAUGAAGACCCUCCUGCCGUCCCGCCGCCGCCGCCUCAUCGGCCGACGACUCGGACGCGUCCGGCUAGUGACGCCGCGAUUCCAUCGUCCCGAGGCACCAGGACGCCGUCGCGGUCCCGACCGCAGAGUCUGAAUGCCAAGCAAGUGCUGGCAAAGGUGCGCGACCUCGUCGACGGCGACGAACGGCGCGUGGAAGAGUUCCGAUACAUGACCAAGGAACUGCGCGCUCACCGGACGUCGCCGGCGCAAUAUGCGCAGUUCGUCGUGUAUUCGUUUGGCGCGGAUGCGUCCAAGGACGUGCUGGUGUCGGUGGCCGACGCAAUGGCCGACAAUCAGAUCCAGGAGGACCUCCAUGCCGCCGCCGCCGCCGCUUCUUUGGGGGCGCCGACCCUCGGUGCCUCGUUCCAUCAGAAACGCGACCAACUCGCCAGACGCAAGAGCAUGGACCGACCGGCCUCGUUCACACGUCGGUCGUCGUCGAUAUCUAGCUUUGGCGCGUUCGAAGAUGAAUACAUGGUUCGAACAACGAAUGGUCCUCGCGGGUACGAUCCCCAGGACAAUAGUGACGACCACGACGACGACGACGACGAGGCCAAGGAUGUGACGUCCGACAAGAAGAUCCUCAAUCGAUUGCGACACCAAGGCGCGGUGAACCUCAUGAGCUUCAAAGCGUGAAAAUAUUUUUUAAAUAAGAAUAAUGUGUCGUUUUUUAUGUG